AUGCCGGGUCUACUGGACAUGCAGGAAGGAGUUUUGGUUCUCGUGCUGGAUAGCUCGUCCGACACCUCGGGCCUGCAGCUCGCAGCGGCUUCUCGCGGCGUGCGGAAAGCCGUGGAACAUUGCAGAGAUAUGGGUAGCGAAAGUCCAUGGCGACAUCCACCAGGUACUUGGGUACCAUCUGGACUCUGGAGGCAUCUAGGCUUGGGAGAUCUCAGGAAGCUUCCAAACGUGACCCUGUGCUGCCAAAUAGAGUUUCAGAAGGUUGCGGAGGUCGUGGCCUUCACCAAAGCAGCCAUGGAGAUAGCUGCGCAGACGAUAAAUGGCCAUGUAUCUUUCAGCAUCUUCACGUUUAGAAGGUCGGAGAGGGCGAAGCUGUUCCACAGAAGUCCCUGGGAGUUUUUCUCCAGGGCUCAAGCAAAGCCGAGCGCACAUGUCUGUUUCAAUGGCCGGCAAUACGAAUGCCGCCUGCAUGCUUCUCCAGGCUGGGAGCACUCCGAUGAGGAAGGCUCUUCGAUAAAUUUGAGUGUAGAUCCGGUCGAAGACGCCGUGGACGUACCGCAGUCUCCUUCGAUUCUCUGGGGCAGCCUUUCGAAAGGCUGGGCUCUGGACACAUGCGACGCCCGCCUUGCAGCAGAGUCACCUCUUGCAGCAUCGGUGAAAGCAGGCAGGCCGCUGCCCAUGAUGCUGGGCAUUGACAGCCUCUGCUCCUCAUACUAUACAUGA